AUGGCUUUAGCAGAAAUAAGCGGCACUCCAGCAAUUCUUAUUUUGAAUUCGCAUGCAUUAAACUUAACUUUGAAUUGGUUGUGUAAUGUAAAAACUUUUGCAAGUGUUCAUGAUCGAUUGAUCAUAUUUGCUUUCGACUACGUGGCCUUUGACGCAAUCUCAAAACUCUGGCCAAAAAUAAAAGUUUUACUUUGGCCAUUACCAGAAAUGGAUGUCAAGUUCAAAAGCGGUGAUGCACAUUAUCAAGUAUUUAUGUACUGGCGUGCUAAUUUAAGCGCAUAUUUGGCUAGUAUCAAACGUGAUUUUUGGAUGUUUCAAACAGAUACUUUAUGGCGUAAAAAUAUAUUUGAAGUGAUUAGUGAGUUUGAGCAGAAAAUUAAAGUUUGCUUUGUUUGGAUUAAAUUUGAUUGUAAUGGCAGUCUAGAUACUGAUAAACUGCUUGGUACAAAUGGAAAUCUCUUGUUUGAUCAAGAAGGCGAUCAGGGAUUAUUAGAUGGUAUGGUUGCUGGAGGUUAUUUCUUUGUCAAGGGUGACACAAGAUCAGAAUGCUUUUUUACAGAAGUUGCAAGACAGUUAAAAAAUUAUUAUGCCACUGAUAAUAAUAUUAUGACUGCAUUGUGUGCUAUAUCUUACUGUAAUAAUCAUUGCUAUUUCAUACCCAUAAGGUUUGUAAGAUUUAAGACAAAAGUAAAGGUUAGCACUGAAUAAAU